AUGACAGCAACUACUAAAUAUCCAGCUAAAUCUCACGCUCGUCGUUCGGCUGAGAACCUAAAGGUGUUCGCUAAGAAGAGAUCAGUCGACGAAUCAGUCGCUAAUUCGAGUUUAAUCUACGCGGCAGCUUCUAAACCUACCCUAUGGCCCCACUGUGAUCAAAAUAUUCCAUUUCGCCAAAAUCGGUAUUUCAACUAUUUGACUGGCGCUCAUGAUCUUCAUGAGGGCCAUGUCACCUAUGAUAUCUCAAAGGAUAAGCUUACGUUGUAUCUUCCUCCUUUGGAUAAGGAAGAGGUCAUGUGGAGCGGUAUGCCUUUGAGUCUGGAACAAGCUCAGGCCAAGUAUGAUGUCGACGAAGUUAAGUACUCGUCAGAAUUGGAAUCCGACUUGAAAGCUUUCACUGGCUCCACCAACCGUCUUAUUCUUGCCGUUGAUGAAUCCGAAGAAUACUCAGUGGUUCAACAGUCCGAUUUACUUUUGGAGGCACUUGAUGAAACCCGUAUGAUAAAAGAUGAAUAUGAAAUUUCUCUCAUGAAGCGUGCCUCUGAAAUCACUGAUAAUUCUCACCUAGCUGUAAUGUCUGCCUUGCCAAUCGAAAAGAAUGAGGGACAUAUCCAUGCUGAGUUUGUUUACCACGCCAUGCGCCAAGGAUCUAAGAACCAGGCUUAUGACCCUAUUUGCUGCUCUGGUGUCAACUGUGGCACCUUGCACUAUACUAAGAAUGAUCUCCCUCUUGAAGCUGAUAAGCAGUUGGUUCUUAUUGACGCCGGUGCUGAAUGGGAAAAUUAUGCUGCGGAUGUGACCAGAGUUUUUCCUAUCAAUGGAGAGUGGACGACUGAAGCUCGUGCCAUCUAUGAGGCUGUUUUGGAUAUGCAAACUCAGACUAUGAACAGGGUCGCUCCUGGUGUAUCUUGGGAUAACCUCCACCAACUUUCUCACGAGAUCCUCAUCAAGCACUUCCUUGAGCUCGGCAUUUUCAAAAACGGUACUCCUGAAGAGAUCCUCGAGUCUCGUAUUUCUGCAUCUUUCUAUCCCCAUGGUCUGGGUCAUAUGCUCGGUAUGGAUACUCAUGAUACCGCUGGAUUGGCUAAUUACGACGACCCUGAUCCUAUGUUCAAGUAUUUGCGUAUUAGAAGAAAUUUGCAAGCCAAUAUGGUUGUCACUGUCGAGCCCGGUAUUUAUUUCAACAAGUUCCUCCUCGAGCCAGUUCUGUCUAACCCUGAGCAAGCUAAGUAUAUUGAUGAAAAAGUGCUUGAGAAAUACUUGCCUGUUGGAGGAAUUCGUAUUGAAGAUGAUGUCCUUGUUACUGACAAAGGCUUUUAUGACCUUACCAAGAUCACAAAGGAUGCAGAUGAAAUCGCCAAGAUUGUUAAGGCAGGAAUUUCGAAAGGUAGAGAUCACUUCCAUGUAGUUGUAUAA